GACACAACGGACAGACUUUGGCUCUACAAGCGUAAAAAUGCAACCAACAACAACCAUACGUGCCUUUCUUGGCAGAAAAAAAAACUACAAGGCAGGGACAUGAUUACAUAUACAUUCAAUGAAACUUACUUCAAGGGAUCAGAGCGAUUUACCCACAUAUUGAAUGGGACUUUGGAGAUGAAUAAUACCAGGGAUGUCACUGGUGCCGUGCUCAAUGUGCCAGGAGUCAGCGAGGCAGGAGAGAAUAUAGGAUACUUGCUCGUUCAUUGGAAUUUGACUUUCCACUGUGCAAUUUUUUACACACAGAAAACGGUCAAUGGCACUCGAACAAACCAGACCUGUGGCUUGUAUUACUGGAACUCCGAUGUUAAUAAUUCAGUGGCUAGAAAUAAUUGUGAUUCCUUCUAUGCCGACUAUUGCAAACCAUAUGGUACGGAUGAGACUAUUUACCAUUCUUACUGCCAAGAUUAUGCUGCAUGCUGAAAAAUGUACUGGUUUGUUUACGGUUUAAUAAAUUCUCCAAUACAU